ACAUUUGCCUUUUGUUGUUUCUACCAGUCUUGGAUUUGCCAUCGAAAGAACCGAGGGUUGCUAACCUGCUCUGUAGUUGAUUUUAGUUUAUUAUUUCAAACUAUAAGCAAACACGUGUUCUCGUAGGGUUUAAGUAUCAUAUAUGCAUAAAAAAGCCCUUUUCUCCAGUAAAAACCGUCCAGUUGAGCGUAAACGUCCUCAAGCUCUCGUCUCGGCUCCAGCAGACCUGAAGGUGUGUCGCUGCAGGUGAAGGCAUCACCAAAGUUUGAACAGGACGGAGAGCAGGAAUGCGGAUGUAGUCACCAGAGCACCAGCAGUCAUGUCCACGAAGGGCAUCCGGCUGACAGAACGGGGACUCCCGGACGUCCUGCUACCGGAGCAGACCUCCCUGAGACGGUCUGCCCGGUUGCUCCCAUCCUCCCCCUCCUCACCCGCAGCCCCGCUGAAACGGAGAGGACCGAAAGCUGGUCGGGAGGGGGAGGCGGUGAAACUGCCCUCUGACGUCAGUCGAAGCAGAAUGUCACCCCGUCUGUCAGAAACAUCUGCCCUCAAGCGGGCAAGAAGAUCCCCGGGUCUUCAGGAGGACCAGAGCGUCAACGGUUCCUCCGCUGGAGAUGCCGAGGAGGAGGAAGAGGGAGGUGCCCAGGACCCCUCCCAGAGGACCACCGGGGAGCAGGACGGCGGGGAGGCAGCUGACGAGAAAUCCACGCAGGAGGAAUCCACGGAGGCGCCGGAGGCUGAGGAUGAGUCUGACGACAGUGAAGUGUCAGACAUGUACGAGGAGGAGGAGCUGGAUGAUGAAGAUAACGAGGAAGAAGAAGAGCUCAGCAAUGAUGUGAGUCAUUCCAGUAAUUUCCACUGCACGGUCUGCAAUCUCCAGCUGUCCUCCAAGUUCAAGCUCCAGGACCACAUGAAUCUGCACACGGGGGCACGCCCAUACUGCUGUGCGGAGUGUGGGAAACGCUUUUGUCAGAUCUACAGCUACCGCUUGCACCUGCGCACGCAUGCCAAGACCAAGGCGGAGUGCCACUGGUGUCGCAUCUGCUUGACUGGCUUCAGCUCCCAGGACCUUCUCAACAGCCACCUGUCAGCAGCCCACCUGGAGGACGUCUUUUACGAGUGUGACCUGUGCAAGCGCGUCUUUACCUCUCUGAGCGCGUGUGAAAAGCAUGUGGAGCUGCACAAGUGCAUGGUCAACAUCCUGUGUGAAGUGUGUGGCCGCAACUUCCCUUCAGAAAAGUCGCUGGCGCGUCACAUGAAGAAGAGGUGCCUUCACAACUUCAAAUGCACGGACUGCUCCGAGACCUUCACCAAGAGGAACGCCCUGCUAAAACACAGCUUCUCACACCUGGGCCUGCUGCCCUACACCUGUGUUCGCUGCCGCUGCCACUUCCGUCUGGCAAAGCUGUACCGCCAGCACAAGUGUGAACCCCAGCGUAUCCACUGUGUGGCGUGUCUGAGGAAGUUCCUUAACCAGGAGGAUUUCCAGCAGCACAAAAAGGACACGGGCUGCUGGGGACACCAGGAGCCCAACCAGAAAACAGACGAGAUCCGGUGUUUGGAGUGCGGGCAGAGAUUUGACACGUCAGAAGAGCUGAAGAAGCACGCCGGCGCUCACCAGAGGGUGCUGAAGUGUGCUGAAUGUGGGAAAGGGUUCAGGUCUGCCUUACUGUUGAUGUCCCACAUGGGGGGCCACGCCGGCCAGUCGCCGUGUUUCUGUCAGGCGUGUGGGCUGGGCUUCCCCCAUCAGCAGAAUUACGACGGCCACCUGAAAACAUGCGGGAAAACCUCGCAGGCUUCGAGUGCCACCAAGAAGCACACAAAGUCUCUUUGUGAGAAAAAGAAGCUGCUUUCUAAAUCAGCCGGCGCUCCUGAUCCUGCGUCCAAGCAUAUCCCAGAAUCCCACACUCCUAACUCCUCUGAUGGGCUUUGGAGGCUCACUCUGGACAAGCAGCCGCCUCCCGGUGCAAACCUCGUCUUGUUUCUACCCGUCUGUCAAACCAACGAGCUGCCCCUCCCUUCCAUCCCUCAGACACUGUCAUUUGAACCAAUACAGACUCUGCCUCAAGCAUCUCCCUCGCCGGUUUCUCAAGCUGAACUUUUGGGCGUGAAAGCAGCCCUCAGAGUGCAGCCAAACUCUCCAUUUGAGCAGAUAAUGGACAUCAAGGACGAUGAAACGGCCCCUCUGGAUUUGUCCAAAAAGCGCAACUCGACUGAGCUGCAGCUCUCCGGUGUUCCUCUCCUUCCAGUUAAAAGUGAGCCGGAGGAAUGUGAAGUCUCAGGGCAGUCCAUCUGUCCUGAAAGGCCAGAAUUUAAAGAACCUAACAGCCAUCAAGUUGAAAUAGACGGAAAAAAGAUGGACCCGUGUUCUGAAGCGAAGCGCCUUCAAAGGUACCCCAUAGUUCUGUCGCUUCUUAAUGCCAGAACCGCUUUCCCUGGACCAGGAGGAGAUGUUAAGAGAGAAGACCAGUCCCAUCUCCAUCCUGGUGCCUCAUCGACCCGCUGCAGCCAGCUGGAAGACAUGCGGCUGAAGGACGAAUUCAAAAAGGACCCGGAUGCAUAAAGAAGGAGCAGGAGUGAGAAGAACUUUAGUUUGCAAUAAGCACACAAACCAAAAAUGGCACUGAUGUUACACAGCCACUACUGAUGAUGAAGAUGAAGCACAUUACCAGUCCUUCAGGUCAAAGUCGUCAUGGAAGCUCCAUUCACAAAUGCACUACAUUUGUUGACUUGUCUUUGGGAUUGUGUCCAUUUGUUAUAUUAACAAAUCCUUUUUACACAGUUUCCGUUAAAAGCUAAGUAUUUUUAGCCCUCCUUUUGACACUAGCAUGGAUAGACUGUUAAAUUAUUGGACCUGAACAUAUUUAGGAUUGUUCUUCUGUGAAUAUCAAACAUUCCAUUUUUCAUUCUGAACUUUCUAAACUGAAAAGACUAUGCAGUGUGUGUGGGAUCUCUGCAAUAACUAACCUUCCUUCCAUGCUUUCCUGGUACGUGAAACAAAACCCUCUGUCCUUUUGGAUGUGUUGAGGUUUUUUUCUUGUUUUCUAUAAACAUUUAAAACAUUGGUUCCUGGAGUUUACACUUUUCUGCAAUGAUGUCUGUUUUCUUGAGGCCAAUAAAUAUUUAUCCGGAGAAAGCA